AUGUCAAAUCGAGCAGUAUCCAUGUUCAUUCCUCAUGGUGGAGGACCGAUGCCUCUACUCAACGAUCCAGGGCACCGAGCCAUAAUUGAGUUCCUUACCGGCAAAGCCCGCACGUUACUUGGUUUACCAAAAGCAAUCAUCUUGGUCACCGCUCAUUGGGAAGAACACGUUCCGACGAUUUCCUCAGCCGAAAAUCAUUCGUUGCUGUACGAUUACUCCGGAUUUCCAAGGGAGGCUUACCACGUUAAAUAUCCAGCAAAGGGGUCGCCGUCAGUUGCUGAGCAAGUAAAAUUGGCACUCAACAAACAAGGAUUUCAUGCAAAACUAGACAACAGACGUGGAUGGGAUCACGGUGUAUUUGUUCCAUUACUACUGCUCGUUCCAGAUGCCAAUAUUCCAAUUGUUCAAUUGUCUGUACUCGAAUCGCAAUCGGCUGAGGAACACAUAAGAAUGGGCCGUGCUUUGAGUUCGCUACGUGACGAAAACAUUGCAAUUAUUGGAUCCGGCAUGAGUUUUCAUAAUCUACGAGCAUUCUUCAGUCAAUUACCAAUUGAUAAUAAUACACCGUUUGAAGAUGCAAUUCAAGAUGCAUGCGAAUCAAUCGGGCUGGAACGAGACGAAAAGCUCUUAAAAUGGGAAAAAUUCAACGAAGCCAGGUACGCACAUCCUGUUGGUCAUGCAGAACAUUUCAUGCCACUUUUGGUCGCAGCAGGAGCUGGUGGUGACAGUAAGGGUAAAAACGUCGCUCGAUUGCCUUUCAUGGGAGCUGUAGUCAGCGCAUACUUAUGGUCGUAA